AUGGGAAACUGUUUCAGAAAACCUGUUUGUCAUGUCUCUUCCACAAGUUUAUUUGGAAGUACAAAGACUCAAAGUAAGACAACGCAGACUUCGAAUUCUAAUAUGGACACUUCAUUGUCGAUUGACGAGAAAUCCAUCUCUAAUGAUGUUAAGUCCUUCAGCUUCAAUGAUCUAAAGGAGGCGACAAGGAACUUCCGGCAAGAAAAUCUGAUCGGCGAGGGAGGGUUUGGAUUUGUCUACAAAGGAUGGAUAGAUGAGAAUACCGGUGCUCCUACAAAACCAGGAAAUGGAAUUGUUGUGGCCAUUAAGCAGCUUAAACCAGAAAGUUUUCAAGGUCACAAGGAAUGGCUUGCGGAAGUGAAUUAUCUAGGCCAACUUCACCAUGAAAAUUUGGUGAAGCUUAUUGGUUAUUGUUCAGAAGGUAAAAACAGGCUUCUGGUUUACGAGUUUAUGCAGAAAGGAAGUUUGGAGAAUCACUUAUUCAGAAAAGGUGUUCAACCGAUUUCUUGGAUAACAAGGAUCAAUAUUGCGACCGGUGUUGCAAGAGGACUAGCAUUCUUACAUUCCCUUGACGCAAAUGUUAUUUAUCGCGAUUUAAAAGCUGCAAACAUCCUACUUGAUUCGGAUUUCAAUGCUAAUCUUUCGGAUUUCGGCUUGGCAAGAGACGGUCCAACCGGAGAUAACACUCACGUUUCAACUCGAAUUAUCGGAACACAUGGUUAUGCUGCCCCGGAAUAUGUAGCUACAGGUCAUUUAACACUGAGGAGCGACGUAUACAGCUUCGGCGUCGUCCUAUUAGAGCUACUAACAGGACGACGUGUAGUCGACGACGAUAGACCGGCAUAUUCGGAAGAAACGCUAGUGGAUUGGGCAAUGCCAUUUCUGAGUGACAGCAGACGAAUAUUGAGAAUCAUGGAUACAAAAUUAGGCGGACAAUACUCGAAGAAAGGAGCUCAAGUUGCAGCUGCACUUGUUCUAAAGUGUCUUCAUACUGAUCCUAAACAUAGACCAACAAUGGUUAAUGUUUUAGCGGCAUUGGAAGCAUUACAAUCCUCAAAUUCUGUACCAAGGACACCAAAAUCUAGAAAUAAUCAUAAUCAUCAUGCAACAAAGCAUUCUAGUCAUCAUCAUUCACAUAAGUCAAAUGCUAAUAAGACUAGAAAACAUUGA